AUGCAUAGCAGACGUAGAGCGGAGUCCUACAGCCGACAUAUAGGCGACGUCCUCGUAAGUACAGCUGAUGUACACCAGAUACACGAUAGAGACAUUGUAAGCUAUGAGCAGACGUACUUCAAACGUGGUGAUGAGAGAAAGAAAGAAAGAAAGAAAGAAAAGAAAGAAAGAAAGAAAGAAAGAAAGGGGGAGGCGGGUGAAGAGUUAAACGGAAAAGAGCAUCUAGAAGAACACCCAGAAGAACACCCAGAAGAACAUCCAGAAGAACUCUCAGAAGAACACCCAGAAGAACACAGGAGAACAUCCAGAAGAACGCCCAGAGCAUCCAGAAUAACAUCCAGAAGAACAUCCAGAAGAACACCCAGAAGAACAUCCAGAAGAACUCUCAUAAGAACACCCAGAAGAACACAGGAGAACACCCAGAGGACCACCCAGAAGAACACCCAUAAUAACACCCAGAAGAUCACCCAGAGGAUCCAGAAUAACAUCCAGAAGAACACCUAUAAGAACAUCCAGAAGAACACUCAGAACAUCCAGAAAAACACCCAGAAGAACAUCCAGAAGAACACCUAUAUGAACAUCCAGAAAAACACCCAGAAGAACAUCCAUAAGAACACCUAUAUGAACAUCCAGAAGAACACCCAGUGUACUGGUGAUUCUGCUAUUAGAAAAUACAGAAGAGAAAGAGAGAGGGAGAGAGAGAAAAUACAGAAG